CUUGUAACAAAAUAACCAAAUAAUUUUAGGUUACUGGAAAUUUGUUUGAAAGAAAUUUCGUCAACAGAAAAUUGAUCGAACGGAAGUUUGAUCGAACGGAAACUUUAUUUCGGAAAUUUCCGUCGAACAUUUUUCCGUUGACGAAAUUUCUUUCAGACAAAUUUUCGGAUACUGGAUACGAUAAUUUUUAUUAUAGUGUACCAUUUCACAUUAAUAACACGUCACACGUAUUUGACCGUAAAAUAAAAUUAAAACAAAUUUUAAUUGAACAGUGCGCAGUGACUAAUCAGUUGCUUCAUAGCGUACGAAAAGGCUUUUUAAAAACGCGAUUUCUUUAGCUUCCUAUUGUUUAGCAUAUAUUAUCGUAUAUACAUCAACUUUGUUGGAUGGUGGAAAGACAGCGCACUCUGCCUUCAAACUGUCUCUCAACUUAAAUCCCUCUGACUCUGAUGAAACUUUGUGCAACAUCGGGAAACAGUGUAAUACAGAUCGGCAAAUUUGGGAGUGCAAGGUGAUUGUUUGGGAUGAGUGCACCAUGGCUCACACCAAGAUGAUUGUUGGGAUGAGUGCAUCGUGGCUCACAACAAGAUGAUUGUUGGGAUGAGUCCACCAUGGCUCACAACAAGGUGAUUGUUUGGGAUGAGCGUACCAUGGCUCACAACAAGAUGAUUGUUUGGGAUGAGUGUACCGUGGCUCAAAACAAGAUGAUUGUUUGGGAUGAGCGCACCAUGGCUCACACCAAGAUGAUUGUUUGGGAUGAGCGUACCGUGGCUCAAAACAAGAUGAUUGUUUGGGAUGAGCGCACCAUGGCUCACACCAAGAUGAUUGUUUGGGAUGAGUGCACCGGGGCUCACGCCAAGAUGAUUGUUUGGGAUGAGCGCACCGUGGCUCAAAACAAGAUGAUUGUUUGGAAUGAACGCACCGUGGCUCACAACAAGAUGAUUGUUUGGAAUGAACGCACUAUAGCUAACAACAAGAUGAUUUUAGGAAUGAGCGCACCACGGCUCACAACGGGGGAAUAGAAACAUUCACAUAACUCUACAGUGGACAUCUGGAGAAGUAAAUGCCUUAUGCAUUAGAUUAAUGUUCUACUGGCCGGUGACAUUACCCACAUUUUUGGGUAACGCGUGCUGGUGGGGUCAAAACCUGUCUUAAGUCAUCCCACCUAUGGGCUAAAUUUCAAGGCCGAUCGCUGAGAGUCAACAUUAAGGUUUAUCUCAAACGUGAUCUAAAGGCAGUGAAGUUCUCAAACUUACAUCUCCAAAUAGGAAAUAUAUGAAAACAAGGAAUACAUUCAGGGUAUGAAGUUGUCAAAGAUCUAAAUAAAUUAAAUUUAAAAAAUAUAUACACGGAUUUGAGAAAUUAAACACCGCCAUGAUGCGACUGACUUAAGGAAGAGGUAUUCUUACUCCCAAACACAACACGACAACAAACAUUAAUGAUGCGUUACUGGAUCAACGACCUGCUGACUUUGAGAUAUCAGUGUAUGUACUCCAUGGUUGAGUGAUUGGACAUGGUUCAGUACCCGGUCGAGUUCCUUCACACUUUGAAGCCAACUAGGUAUUCCACCACUUCAUGUUUGUCUCAAAGUUCGUACUUCAAUCAUGCUCCUGCCCAUUUAGAAAACCCCAAAAUUGUGUAACGGCACAAGUCUAUUAAGUCUAUUAUAGAAAAGUCAUUGAAUGUAGACAUCUUCACUGGCUGCGGUGCAGGAGAAAAGGUUUUAAUACCCCGAAUUUCUAUUAUUCCCUCCGACAACCAUGGUUCAGUUUAUUAAAAGCGACCAAGGUUUACUUUCACAGUCUGCGUCACAAUUAUAAUAAAAAAAAAGAUCAAGGGCAGUCUUUUAAAGUAGCUGGUUUGUAUUUUAGAAAUGACUUGAGUCUCGGGAUCUUUUUGUUUUUUAUGGUAAUCUUACAAAAUGAUGCAUGAUCGCAAUCCAUGUGGAGCCGAAUUUAAAACAGGAAUUAAAAGCGUUCUUGAAGGACGGGAGUCUACGGUUGGCGGGAUAUGAUUCUCUACAUCAACGGUUCUGAUCCUGUGGGUCGCGACCCAAUUGGGGGUCGAAUGACCCUGCCACGGGGGUCGCCUGAGGCCAUCGGGAAAACACAUAUGGUCAACAGUUAUGAAGUAGAAACGAACAUAAUUUUCGGUUGGGGGGUCGCCACAACAUGAGGAACUGUAAUUAAAGGGUCGAGGCAUUAGAGGGCUUGAGAACAACUGCUCUACAUGCAGAUACACUAAGUGGAUGUGGAUCAGCGAGACUCAUCGUGCUUACGACACACCCCAGUAUCCUCUUGUGUUCUGACGUGGAGAAGAUGGUUACUGCAUCAACAUCCCUAGCGUAAUACAAAGUCUAAAGCCCAAGAAGACUGCAUGCUGCCAUAUUUGCAAUUCCUUCAAACAUUUAGCGAAACACGCGUAAUCAGCUAAUAUAUAUAAUUAUAUAUAUAUAUAUAUAUAUAUAUAUAUAUAAUAUAUAUAUAUACCGGGUAUAUAUAUAUACUUGAGGGUGAAGUUUUCGCUGGGGCCGGGAGUUGGUUUUAAUUAUCUUACAAUGUUAACAAACUUACGACCAGGGGGACGGACAUGAUUAUAGGAAUAAUUUCAAAAGAAAAAAAAUGUCACAGAUUUUGCCACAAACCCAGAAGGAAGCACAUGUGCAAAUGCGAAGUUAAUACAAAGAAUUAUAGAAAAUAUUUUUAAAAAUCGUACAAUUGAUUGAAAUUCAUUAGGCAAAGGAAGUCUGUGCACAAAAAUAUUUGUGAGAAAUUAGAGAGAGAAAAAAAACGUACUUAAGUGGUUUCUUUUAAAAAUCAUUUAAAUUAACUUCGAUUUUGUUCAUGGGUGGCUGGCUUGGUGACUGGCAAAAUCUUCGGAUGGCUCAUUGACCCCCUACCCGUCACCCUAUUGGACUGAAACUUGGCGCAUAGACUCGUUGGCGAUAACAACACAAUUUUUUUUUCUUCAAAAUUUCAACCCCCUCAUAUUUUUUAUUAUCCUUAAGUUAAGUGGUUAUUUGUUUUGUUUAACUUAAGAUUUGUUCUAUCACUAAUUUGUUUCAUUUAAAAUUUCUAAUAGAACAGGUGCAAUGACGUCAUUCGUCGACUGGCAGAUAUGUGACACACUUCCGGUUUCAUGUUACAGCAAUGGCGUCUGGCGUGUUUAGACUGGCACCAAUUCUGUUUGUUUGGCUAGAGAUGCUUCUCAAGCAACGUAAGUCAAUCUUUGCUAUCACAUGUUCUAAACUUAAAUGACGCGCUGGGGUGAGGGUUUUUUUUCUAUGGGGGAAAAGUGGGGAGGCAAACUAUUCCUAACAAAGAAGCUCACUUCCAUCAUAUAAAAUUUUUUUUUUUUUUUGCUAACCCAACCACUACCACGUAGAGAAUUACCAAUUUUUUUUAUUAUAGCAAAGAUAAAGUGAGGUAGGUAAAAGGUUACUAAAGCCGGGCUUUGGUGAGACAAAAAAUCAUUUUGUGGCUAAUGCUAACUAACACUUACCUCUCUCCCGUACGCAAAAUCUACUAAAACCCAGGGGUGGACUGGGCCGCCGGGAAGAUUCCCGAUGGACCGCUAGGACCGGUGAUAUAAUACAAAUAAAAGUCAUGAAGAUAGGGCCGCUUUUUGGUUUUUUUUUCGGGCCGCUUUGAUUUUUUCCCGAGCCGCUUGAACUCCCCAGUCCACUCCUGCUAAAACCUCCCUAAAACGCCUCAUGGUCCCGCAUAUCUCAGCGCUACCCGUUAAACUAGACUCUCAACUUACCAUGGUCAAAAGAACUCUGAUUACCCCGAUUGUCCAAUAAUCUAAGCUCACCAUAGUCAGAUAUUCAGAAAUCCACUUUGUCAGAUAUGCUUAAUUCAGCAUUGUCAGAUAUUCAGAAAUCCACUUUGUCAGACAUGCUUAAUUCAGCAUUGUCAGAUAUUCAGAAAUCAACUUUGUCAGAUAUUCUUAAUUCACCAUUGUCAGAUACCUUCACCACCCAAUGAACAAUGUUAACCCACCAGUGUGCCUCCUUCUCGACACAGCAUUGUCAGUUACUCUCCAAACCAUAUUGUUCAUUACUCCUAACUCCCACCCACACUCUGUAAACAGUACAAGGUUGUAUACAUUUUAGACGGUUUUUUUAAAUUUUUAAAUGGUAGUUUGGGAUCUUAUGACAACAACCCCCCAACAUUCCUCCAAUGAAAGCAGAAUUAAUAUUAACAAUCUAAAAUACACAAUCUUUUUUCAGGUAUAACUUGUACAUUUACAACCCAGACCGUUGUGCUGGACCAGAAAUUCAAUGUGAGCAUCACGGUACCCGACACGGGUAAUUUGAGUGUUUUUAGAUUUUCCCUCGAUCGUCAUAACGGCAGUGAACCAUCAGAUGUGAUCUACAUCUAUAGAAACUUAGAGUACAAAUUGAGCGUGGGAUUUCUGCAAAGGAUGGUGGUGACCGUCAGCCACAGGACAUUUGAUCUGACAUUUGAGGGAGCAACACCUGACCUCGCCGGGACCUACAGGUGUUAUGAGGGGGGAGCAUCCACGCAUAUCAUCCCAGAUUGUGGACAGCUGUUAGCUCUACUAAGUAUGUGCAUUGAUCGGUGUGCAUUUAGAUUUGUGUGGAUGUGUGCUGGUAUGCAUGAAUGCAUGCAUGGUUGUGUGCAAGAAUGUCCGUUUGAAUGUAUGGGUGAUCGAUUGUUUUCAAACGAUGUUUGUAGAAAUGUAUGCACGAAUGCACGUGUGAAUGGACGUAUGUAUCAAUGAAUGUAUGACUGCGUGCAAGAAUGUAUGUUUGAAUUUAUGUGUGAUGGAUUGUUUCAAAGGAUGAAUGUAUGAAUGAAUGUAUGAUUGUGUGUAAGAAUGCAUGUUUGAAUGUAUGAGUGAUUGAUUGUUUCAAAGGCUGUAAGUAUGAAUGAAUGUAUAAUUGUGUGUAAGAAUACAUGUUUGAAUGUAUGUGUGAUUGAUUGUUUCAAAGGCUGUAUGUAUGAAUGCAUGUAUGAUUGUGUGUAAGAAUACAUGUUUGAAUGUAUGAGUGAUUGAUGGUUUCAAAGGCUGUAUGUAUGAAUGAAUGUAUGAUUUGUGUGUAAGAAUGCAUGUUCCCACCCAGGAAAACCCGAAAAGCCAACCGUGGUAGUACAGAAGAAGCCAGUUCUUUCGGAGACUCUCGAGCUGGAGUGCCGCUCAAAGUCCAACUCUUUGCCUCCCGAUCACAACCUGGGUCACGUGAUCACGUGGAAGCUCCCAGACACCAUCGACGGAAUACAAGGCGGGAGGGUGAGUGUUGUGUCGAGUGUCAGGUGAAACAAUUGGACUGACAUCAUUGACAGUGUCAGGUGAUACAGUUGGAUUGACAUCAUUGACAGUGUCAGGUGACACAAUGGGAGUGACAUUGACAGUGUCAGGGGACACAAUUAAAUUGACAUCAAUGACAGUGUCAGGUGACACAGUUGGAUCGACAUCAUUGACAGUGUCAGGUGACACAAUUGGACUGGCAUCAUUGACAGUGGCAGGUGACACAAUUGGUCUGACAUCAUUCAUUGAAGCCCCCCCCCCCAACACCCACACCCCCCCCCCAGUGACACAAUGGGAGUGACAUUGACAGUGUCAGGGGACAAAAUUAAAUUGACAUCAAUGACAGUGUCAGGUGACACAGGUGGAUCGACAUCAUUGACAGUGUCAGGUGACACAAUUGGACUGGCAUCAUUGACAGUGGCAGGUGACACAAUUGGUCUGACAUCAUUCAUUGAAGCCCCCCCCCCAACACACACACCCGGCCCCCACACAAAUUGUUUCCCAGAUUCAGUAUUUUCAGACACCACAUGAUAUAGCCUGACUGUUGAAGAUCGUCAAAGUGAAUGUUUCUCAACGUAAAUCGCUACCAGCCUAGUCCAUGUCUACAAAAUACCACUAUGUCCCAUUCAAUGGGUUCCUGGUUAUCGAUAUAACAUUUUGACAUGCAUUCAUCAAUAUGACCAUAUGACUGAUGGAUCAUCAAAUAGAAUGAUCAACUUGUUUUCGGCAUUUUGCGAUAUCGAAAGAUAAUAAUAUUUUCUUCUUGCCUGUAUUCCAAAACCACCCACUUUCACACAAAAAAAAAAAAAAAAAAAAAUUUUUUUUUUUUAUUUCUUUUUUUCCAAAACCACCCACUUUCACACAAAAAAAAAAAAAAAAAAAAAGUUUUUAUGUUCAGUUCGCUUUUGUUUGGGGGUGGCUGGCGAACAUCUUCCUACGGCUAAUUGACCCACUUCACGUCAAAGUAUCGAGCUGAAAAUUGACAUAUGACUCGCUGCCGAUGACAAUACGUUCUUUUAAAUUUUCAAGUCAAUUUUAUCAUUGAGUGAAGCUCCAUGACUUAUGACGCAUGAGAAAUGCUUUAGAUCGUGCCCUGUUUAAACGAGACAAUUUAGAGUUGAAAUGCUGGAUUUUGACCAGGCGUUAAUGAUUCACACUGUGCAUUGAAGCUGUGGCAUACGGCUGGGGAUUGAAGCUGGGGAAUACGGCUGGGGAUUGAAGCUGGUGCAGGGAAAUUGUUUAACUUUGCAGCUGUGAUGUUUUGUUCUGUUUCAAGUCCCCAUCCAUAAAUUGGUUUGUUUCAGAUAAGGACCACUGAAAAUGGACAUUUGCUGUUUGCUGACGUGCGUCAUUUCGACAUUGGGCUUGCAUUCUCCUGCACUUUUGCUGACAAAGCAACGGUCGAGGCUCCCCAAUCUGACGCUAGCGACCCCUAUUACAUAGUUAUGGAUAAUGAAGGUAUCAAACACUUUUUUUUCCUUAAAACUAUUUUUUUUAAAAUAUUGUAUUAUUUAAAUUCGUUUAAAGAAUUCAAGUCGACACGGUUGUGUUUGAUCAAAUUGAUCAUCAUUCCUGUUUGGAACACGAACAGGUGGCGCUUCCCAUGAGACUCCGUUCCAUUCGUCCAUCUUCAUCACUUCGCCAGUUCAAGAUGGCAGUGUUCUCAGGGCAGCGGUGGGCAAGGAACUCAGAUACACGUGUCACUACGUGUGUAGCCCGGCCUGUGAUGUCUCCUGGAGCUUUGACAUGAAACGCAACGGAAAUGAAAAGUAAAUUACGUUUUUUGUUAGGGUAGUUUGAGAGUUUGGAAGAGAGGGUGUGUGUUGGUGGUGAGAUGGAGGAAGUGGUUUUGUAUGGGGGCGUGCCUGGAUAAAUUAUUGAAUGUGUUUGUGUGUGAGUGGGUUUGAUGGUGUGAGUGGAUGUUGGUGUGUGAGUGGAUGUGAUGGAGUGAGGGGAUGUUGGUGUGUGAGUGGAUGUUGGUGUGUGAGUGGAUUUGAUGGAGUGAGUGGGUGUUGGUGUGUGAGUGGAUGUGAUGGAGUGAGUGAGUGUUGGUGUGUGAGUGGAUGUUGGUGUGUGAUUGGGUGUGAUUGUGUGAGUGGAUGCUGGUGUGUUAUUGGGUGUGAUUGUGAGUGAAUGUUGGGGUGUGAUUGGGUGUGAUUGUGUGAGUGGAUGUUGGUGUAUGAUUGUGUGUGAUUUUGUGAGUGGGUGUUGGUGUGUGAGUGUGUGUUGGUGUGUGAGUGGUUUUGAUGGUGUGAGUGGAUGUUGGUGUGUGAUUGGGUGUGAGUGGGUGAGUGGGUGUUGGUGUGUGAGUGAGUGUUGGUGUAUGAUUGUAUGUGAUUGUGUGAGUGUGUGUUGGUGUGUGAGUGGAUGUUGGUGUGUGAGUUGUUGUUGGUGUGUGAGUGGUUUUGAUGGUGUGAGUGGAUGUUGGUGUGUCAUUGGGUGUGAUUGUGUGAGUGGAUGUUGGUGUGUGAGUUGUUGGUGUGUGAGUGGUUUUGAUGGUGUGAGUGGAUGUGAUGGAGUGAGUGGGUGUUGGUGUGUGAGUGGAUGUGAUUGUAUGAGUGGGUGUUGGUGUGUGAGUGGGUUUGAUGGUGUGAGUGGAUGUGGUUGUAUGAUUUGGUGAAAGCGUGAUGUCGUCAGAAAGUCAUUAGCUAACACCUUUAGAAGUCAUGUUUUUAUGAUGAAAUGUACUGUAACAAACAGAUUGCACAUGUUUGAUACUUAGCUAGAGAUGUCUGAAAGAAAUAAUGGUGUGUGUGAUAAGGAUUUUCACCAGAUGGAGGUUCCCGCAUGGAGGCGGAAAGCCAUGGAUCGAUCCGAAUGCAAGGGUGUGGCGGAGCGGACCAGGGCCCUCCAAGGGCUGUAGCGCCACUGAUGAUGAUGUCUGAAUGGAAGGAUGUGGUGGAGCAGGCCAGGACCCUCCAUGGGCUGUAGCGCCACUGAUGAUGAUGUCUGAAUGGAAGGAUGUGGUGGAGCAGGCCAGGGCCCUCCAAGGGCUGUAGCGCCACUGAUGAUGAUGUCUGAAUGGAAGGAUGUGGUGGAGCAGGCCAGGGCCCACCAUGGGCUGUAGCGCCACUGAUGAUGAUGUGAGUGUGUGUGGUGGGACGUAUGGGUGGGGUUCGGGUGUGUAGGUGGGUUUGAUUGUGUGAGGGAAAAAAAUAAGAGUCUUAAAAAAAACUUGGUCUCUCUGUUGGAAGUCAAGAGAUCUAAAUGUUUGAUACAUUUUCGUUGACUAACGUUCUGUUUGACUCUUGAGGGGGGGUUGCUCUAUUGUGAUUGAAAAAAAUCUGUAUAAUUUCUAAUUCAGCUUUGAGCCAAUCACAGACCUGGCCACUAAGGACGAAUUGGUGCUGAACAUCACAAAUGAGGCGGAAGGAGCCUAUCGCUGCACAGCCUCUAACUCAGAAGGAAGUGCACAUGUAACCUUUCAUCUGCAGAUACUCAAAUAGCGGGAACUUUAUAGAUUGAGUACCGAAAAUGUUUAAGUACAACCGCCCCUGGAACUCUCUCUUGCUAGAAACAUAACUGAAAUAUGUGGGGGUUUGGGGGGGGGUGGAUAUAGUCAUAACAAACGACUCUUAAAAAUACAAACGAAUUUCAAGUUUUUGUUCUUAUUAACACAACAAAAUAAACUUAAUUUAAAAAAAAAA